AUGAAAAAGUUUAUCACAAUCAAUCGGAGUCAAUUAGAGCCUAGUCCUAGUACUAGUGUAGUGGUACUACCAGAGAAGAACGAGGUAAGAGAAAGAGAUGCUAAUAUUGAAGAUGAAGCUAGGUAUGAGAAUGAGGAAAGAGCGGACAAUUUGGUAGAGGAUACAGAUGUUGAAGAAGAAAUUGAUAAUAGAAGGAAAAGACCAAAGGUUUCAAAAGUGUGGAACUUUCACAAGAAAUCUGGUGAUAAGAAAUUUGCCAAGUUCUUGAAUUGCGGCAAGGAGUAUAAGACGAGCGGUAAUACAAGCAAUCUCAGUGACCAUCUCAAAAGAUUCCACCCCAGGCUUUUGGGAAAGCCUCAUGAUUAUGACAGAAAUAAUGUAGAUGGAAGUGAUACUGAUAAAGAAAGUCUUACUGCCUCAAGUUCUGCAAGGUCCAGUAAUCGGUCAAUCAGUCCAUUUUUCAAGCGCCUAAAUGAAUAUGACACUGAUUCUCCAAAAAAGAAGGAAAUAGAUAGGUCUUUAGCCUUCAUGAUAGCAAAAGAUUUUCAACCUUAUAAUGUUGUGAAUGAUGAAGGAUUCAAAUCUUUUGUUCAUCAUUUAAACCCUAGACUAUUCCUGUAUGAAAAGAGGACUGUGACCCAAAUGGGUACAUUGCUUGAUCCAGCAUUCAAACAAGAGGGCUUCCGAAUCAUAGAUAACGCAAAAGCAGCUGGACAAUUUAUGGAGAAUGAGAUGCUCGUAAUGCUGAAUAAAGAUGUCAAAGAGCCAGACAGUAAGGGAAGCAUAAGCAAUGAUGAAGAUGAUUUAGAUUCAUCAGACAGAGCUUCAUCUUUAUUUUCGUUUAUGACAGAAAGAACCAAUCAGAAAAUAAAAUCUAAAAAAGUGGAUGCCAUAAUAGUCAAAAGGCAAUACUUCGAGAGACAAAAUACAAACCAAAACAGUGAUCCCCUACUAUUUUGGAAAAUAAAUGGAAACGAAUUACAUCCACUUCAGCAUUGUGCAAAAAAAUACUUGUGCAUACCAGCAUUAUCAGUGGAAUCAGAACGACAGGGCAGAUUGUUACGGACAGACGGUCAAGACUGA